AUGCCUGCGCGCGCAGGAAAAUCAAAAUCCACCGCGCAGUUAGGGUUGCGGCAAAACACCACCACAUCUGUACAUUUUUGCAAAAAAAACCCUGGCGGGGGCAAGUUUAGGUUAAAGCCUAAAAGGGUUCUGUUUGACGGAUUCCAGUCGUUCGCUGCUCGCUUAGACGACGCGCUAAACGGAAUAAGGAAGUUAGGGUUACGGAAAGCCACGAAUGUUCAACACAAGCGAGUGUUCCGCCCCACCACCAAAUUUAACUUCAAAGACUAUUAA